GCUCCAGAUCAACAUGGCGACCUGCAUGAAGAUGCUCGGCGCUGCUGGACAGCUCCACAGAAACUGGGCUAGUUUAAUGAAAUUAAAAUGUCCCGGCAGCAGCAGUGGCAUCAGUCGGACCCUAUGGACCGACACACCCGCACCGAGCCGGCUCCAGCCCCCCCGGUUCUCCUCCAGCUCUCCGCUCAGCUCCGCGAUGAAAGCUGGCUGCAGGCUGACCGUCAGACCUCACCGCUGGAUGCGGGUCGGUGCCGUUCUCCAUGGACGGACCGAGCUACUCUCAGCGAACUCUCCACCUUACUGGGUCCAGGACAGGAUGUACGGGAACCGGGCCGGCGGCGCGGGGUUCUCCGGGGACGGAGGGGACAGUACCGGCUCUGGGGGAGAGGAGUCCGGGGGAGAAGGGGGAGUACCGUAUAAUGGACCACAGAUGACGGCUCUCACCCCCAUGAUGGUCCCGGAGGUGUUUCCGAAUGUCCCGCUGAUCGCUGUUAGCAGGAACCCGGUGUUCCCCCGCUUCAUCAAGAUCAUAGAGGUGAAGAACAAAGAGCUGAUGGAGCUGCUGAGGAGGAAGGUUCGUCUGGCCCAGCCGUAUGCCGGAGUCUUCCUGAAGAAAGAUGAUAGUGAUGAGUCAGAUGUGGUGGAGUCUCUGGAUUCCAUCUACUCUACAGGCACCUUUGUCCAGAUCCAUGAGAUGCAGGACCUGGGAGACAAGCUGAGGAUGAUCGUCAUGGGACACCGCAGGAUCCGGAUCACUAAACAGCUGGAGGUGGAGCCUGAGGAGGUGGAGGCGGAACCUGUGUUGUCCGAGUCUGAGACAGAGUCCCAACCCAAAACAACACCCAGACGCAGAUCCAAACAGAACCGCAAGGACGCGGCGGCCCCUGCAGCGGAGCAGGUCCAGGAAAAGAUUUCAGAAGCAGACCUGACUCCAGAGCUCCAGCCUCUGUCCUCCUCUGACAUCCUGAUGGUGGAGGUGGACAACAUUCAACACGAACAGUUCACCGUCACAGAGGAAGUCAAGGCGCUGACCGCAGAGAUAGUGAAGACCAUCAGGGACAUCAUCGCUCUGAACCCACUCUACAGAGAGUCGGUGCUCCAGAUGAUGCAGGCUGGGCAGAGAGUGGUGGAUAAUCCCAUCUACCUCAGUGACAUGGGAGCAGCUCUGACAGGAGCCGAGUCCCAGGAGCUGCAGGACGUCCUGGAGGAGACCAAUAUCCCGAAGCGUCUGUACAAGGCUCUGUCUCUGCUGAAGAAGGAGUACGAGCUGAGCAAACUGCAGCAGCGGCUGGGCCGAGAGGUGGAGGACAAGAUCAAACAGACCCACAGGAAGUACCUGCUGCAGGAGCAGCUCAAGAUCAUCAAGAAGGAGCUGGGUCUGGAGAAGGAGGACAAAGAAGCCAUCGAGGAGAAGUUCAGAGAGAGGCUCAAAGAGAGGACGGUCCCACAGCACAUCAUGGACGUCAUCAACGAAGAGCUCAACAAACUGGGGCUGCUGGACAACCACUCCUCAGAGUUCAAUGUAACCCGUAACUACCUGGACUGGCUGACCAGCAUGCCCUGGGGGACCUACAGUGAAGAGAACCUAUCCCUGGCAACAGCCAAAGACGUUCUGGAGGAAGACCAUUAUGGGAUGGAUGAUGUCAAGAAGCGCAUUUUGGAGUUCAUCGCAGUGAGCCAGCUGCGGGGCUCCACCCAGGGGAAGAUCCUGUGCUUCUACGGGCCCCCGGGUGUAGGAAAGACCUCCAUCGCCCGCUCCAUAGCCAGAGCCCUCAACAGGCAGUACUACAGGUUCAGCGUGGGAGGCAUGACUGAUGUGGCCGAGAUCAAAGGACACAGGAGAACGUAUGUUGGUGCGAUGCCAGGGAAGAUUAUCCAGUGCCUGAAGAAAACCAAGACCGAGAACCCUCUGGUGCUCAUAGACGAGGUGGACAAGAUGGGGCGCGGUUACCAGGGCGAUCCAUCCUCUGCCCUGCUGGAGCUGCUGGACCCCGAACAGAACGCCAACUUCCUGGACCACUACCUGGAUGUUCCUGUAGAUCUGUCAAAGAUUCUGUUUAUCUGCACGGCCAAUGUGAUUGACACCAUCCCAGAGCCCCUCAGAGACAGGAUGGAGAUGAUCAAUGUGUCUGGAUAUGUGGCCCAGGAGAAACUGGCUAUUGCUGAGCAAUACCUGGUCCCUCAGCUGCGCUCUCAGUGUGGUCUGACUGAGGAAAAGGUUUCCAUCUCCCCCGACGCCCUCAGUCUGCUGAUCAGGCAGUACUGCCGGGAGUCUGGAGUCAGGAACCUGCAGAAACAAAUAGAAAAGGUGUUCCGUAAGGUGGCGUUCUCCAUUGUGAGCGGCGAACAAACCAUGGUGACUGUUACCCCUGACAACCUGCAGCUCUACGUGGGUAAACCCAUUUUCACAGUGGAUCGAAUGUAUGACGUCACGCCACCUGGAGUGGUUAUGGGGCUGGCCUGGACUUCUAUGGGGGGGACGACGUUGUUCAUCGAGACCUCUCUACGGCGCCCUGCUGACCCUAAAGGAGAGGGCUCUCUGGAGCUGACCGGUCAGCUGGGCGAUGUCAUGAAGGAAAGUGCAAAGAUCGCUACAACCUUUGCCAGAGCCUUCCUGAUGAACCAGGAACCAGAAAAUAACUUCCUGGUCAACUCCCACCUGCACCUGCAUGUCCCUGAGGGAGCCACUCCUAAGGACGGACCAAGCGCCGGCUGCACCAUCGUCACAGCACUGUUGUCCCUGGCAACCAAGCGGCCGGUGCGUCAGAACGUAGCCAUGACAGGUGAAGUGUCACUAACUGGAAAAAUACUUCCAGUAGGAGGCAUCAAAGAAAAAACGAUUGCGGCCCGUCGUGCUGGAGUAACCUGCAUCAUCCUGCCAGAAGAGAACAAGAAGGACUUCUCUGACCUGCCAGACUACAUCAGCGAGGGCCUGGAGGUCCACUUUGUGAAACACUACAACCAAAUAUACCCCAUAGCCUUCCCACAGGACCAGUCUUAACCAGCUGUUUUGAUCUACAACACUGAAACCAAGGCAAGAUGGACCAAGACUUAUUUUCAUGGAGCUCCAGAACCAGUUCGAUGCCACAUUAUGGUGAUUUCUAUUCUGGUUAUAGUUGUAGUAAAUAUGCAGUUUGGAUCAAGAUCCUAUUGUGGAGAAUGGUGCUACAUUAUCUGUUCCAAACUCAUCCAGAGGAACAGGGGCUUUGUGAUCACACAGACAUAUCCAGCUUCAGCCUCCACAAGAACUCUGAAUGUAGGAAGACAGUGUGAUAGCAGAAAACAUCUCUGGACUGAAACCACGCAACCAACUGUGCCAACGAUGGAUAUACACAGUAAAGGCCCAGUGAUGAUGAUGGUGAUGAUGGACACUGGCCGGUCACCGCAGGAUAUGAUGUCAUCGAUGAUCAGAGGUUGAGGUGGCCAUCUGGCUGCCAGGCAACCUCUUUACCCGCAGCUGUCAUUAGACAGCGCUGUGGAUGCAGUCUUUAACACAAAUCUAAUUUUUAUACUAUUAUAUGCAGAUCUGAUGAUGAUGAUGUUGAAAUAAAUUAAAAUAUAAAACAUA